CAGCAAUCUCAUCGGUCACCAUCGACACUCGACGCAGGGAAGAAUGUCUUCAGCAGCCAUGCACCCUGCAUCAGACUCGUAUCGACGGUCAGGCUUCUCCAAUCGGAUGGGGUGGGGUUCACGACCGGCACUCAUUCUCAUCGACGUAUGCAAAGCGUACUUUGAUGAAAGCUCGCCGUUGUCGCUCUUAUCGAACCCCGCGGGCGCAGCCUCGCCAGAGUCCAUGCGGCGUCUGCUCGCGGCGGCGCGAGCGGGCGGAGUCCCCGUCAUCUGGAGCCAGAUUGAGUAUUCAAGGCCGGACAUGGCGGAUGCGGGAUUGUUCUGGCACAAGGCGAAACUGCUGGACGUCUGGCUGAACGGCGAUCCGAGAGGUUUGGCCGACUGUGUCGACGGACUCGCACCGCAGCGAGGCGACGUGGUUGUGGUGAAGAAAUAUGCCUCGGCAUUCUUUGGGACUUCGUUGGCGUCGGAGCUACAAUGCCUCAAAAUCGACACACUGGUGAUAUGUGGAGUGAGCACUUCUGGAUGCGUGAGAGCAACCACGUUGGACGCCAUGCAACACGGCUUCCGACCCAUGGUCGUGGGAAGUGCAUGCGGUGAUCGAACACCUGAAAUCCAAAGUGCGAAUCUAUUCGACCUAGAUGCAAAAUACGCCGACGUCGUAGAGGAAGGGGACGCUAUCCAGCAUCUGAAAGCCGGAUGGGCCUCGGGUAUUGUCGACUGAGAUUGCGUAGUACCCAUACUAGAAGGGCCGGCUGCUCAUAGCCAUAGCCGGGGCACCAGAUACCACUUGACAGGCAUAUGUUAGUCAUCCCAAUAUCCACCAGAUCUCUGCCUGCCGGAGGCCGUCGUUUUCUUCGUGGCCUGGAGAGUGAGGGUAGUGCAACCAGGGAGGGGCUGUUUUUGCGCAGGAUUCAAAGGCUAAAGCGGCUAAAUUGACCCGCAAGAGGUAUAUAACACCAAGACCUCGC